GGUAAAGGUGUACGUGACAAAAUAGGAAAUCCUUGAUUGGCUGCGGCUUUACCAGUCGGACCUUGAAAUAAUACGCACCGGCAAUGCGAGCCGUCCACUCCGAAUUCACGCGACAACAACAUCCUUCCUCCACCAUCGACAUGCAGGUCCUCGCUAAGACCGCCCGCGCCAGCGCGCCGCGCUUCUGCAUGCGCUCGUUCGCCUCGUCAGCGGGAAGAUGCCAGGCCACUCCUAUCGAGAAGCCUGUACUAAACAAGGAAUUCAAAAUUUAUCGCUGGAACCCAGAUGAACCUGCCAACAAACCUACUCUCCAGUCUUUUACCAUUGAUCUUAAUCAAACUGGGCCCAUGAUUCUUGAUGCGCUCAUCAAAAUUAAGAACGAAAUCGACCCUACGCUCACCUUCCGUCGUUCAUGCAGAGAGGGUAUCUGUGGUUCUUGCGCGAUGAAUAUCGACGGUCAAAAUACCCUCGCCUGUCUUUGUCGUAUAGACAGAAACUCGAGUAAGAAUUCCAAGAUCUAUCCCCUUCCUCACAGUAAGUUCUUCGCUGUGGUUCCCCCCUAUAAUCCUCAUUGCAUGCUCGUGUUUGCAGUGUAUAUCGUGAAAGACCUGGUUCCCGACCUGACGCUGUUCUACAAGCAGUACAAGUCCAUUAAACCCUACCUCCAGAACGAUAACUUGCCUCAGCAGGGCGAGUUCUUGCAAUCGCAGGAGGACCGCAAGAAGCUCGAUGGAAUGUAUGAGUGUAUUCUAUGUGCAUGCUGUACGACAAGUUGUCCAUCGUAUUGGUGGAACCAGGAUGAAUACUUGGGCCCUGCGACGCUAAUGCAAGCAUACCGCUGGAUCGCCGACUCUCGUGAUUCAUAUGGUGCCCAGAGAAAGGAGCAACUCCAGAACGAGAUGAGCAUGUACCGCUGUCACACAAUUUUCAAUUGCGCACGUACCUGCCCGAAGGGUCUUAACCCUGCAGAAGCCAUCGCGAAGAUCAAGCUCGAGCUUGCCGCUGACUAAUAGCUUCGCAUGGACGGUGGGACGGAGCUUGUGUGAACAGGUCGUCACCUGCGGCCGUUGCUCAUGAUUCCGAGUGAAAUCCCAUCAUGAUAUUGGUACUACCUUUGUCUUCGUUCGUCGAUGCAAAUAAAGAGAAUGUAUCUUGUCGAUUGUUCACGCUUGACAACGCGGUAUAUAGUUGACCAUGCGCAAAAGG